ACGCAGCCAUGGGAACUGGCUCCAGGGGGGAGGGGGGAGGAUGUCGGAGAAGGAUAACUGCAGAGGACUGGCCACUCGGACACUCACAAGUGUACAAGACUUUUCACUUUCAACAUCAAUCAGCUGUUUCUAUAAUACGUCACGUUACACAAAUUUCGACAUGUCAAACGACGAGCAGCUUGUAGUGUCGUCGGUGCACAUGUACCCUAUGGAAAACGCGAAGCUGCACCACACAGACAGGUUCGAAGUUUUACAUCGGGACAACCCCACCGUGGUGCUGAGACGCGCUCAGCCCUUCCACCUGGUGAUCGGCUUCUCGGGUCGGGUCUACGACCUCAAAAAAGACCUUGUCCAGCUCGUUUUCACAUACGGAAAUCGCCCGAAUAUCAUCAAAGGGACUAAAGCGAUCUGCACUAUGAGCGACAAGCGAAGAGACGACGUCAAGGCCUGGCACGCGAGGACAGUGGGCAAGGACGAGAACUCCAUGAACGUGGAGGUAAAGCCGCAACGGUACAUGGCCUUUAAAGGGUUAGAGAAUCCAAUAUCAGUGAUGACGCUUUCUGUUAAACAAAAGGCAAAGAAUUUAUUGACUGGUCGAGUGCCGAUAAACUUUCCAAUCGCCUUUGCCGUGACUCUAAUGCUGAUGUCUGACCCAGAUGAUCAGGUCUACAUGCCUGACGAACGUCUGCUGGACGAGUACGUGCUCAACGACAUUGGGAAAAUCUGGGUGGGGCCCUACGGCUCCUCAAAGGGCCGCGAGUGGAUAUUCGGUCAGUUCGACGCCGUAGCCCUUCCUGCCGUCGACCUUAUGAUGAGCAGAAGCAACGUGGCCCCUGUGAACCGCGGCAACCCAAUCUACGUGACCCGCGCCAUAUCCAAGUUGGUAAACUCGAAUGAUGACUUGGGGGUGCUGCAAGGAAGAUGGAACGGCAAUUAUGAAGACGGCACAGCACCAGCUGCGUGGACAGGAUCCGUACCCAUCCUGGAAGAAUACCUGGACACGGGCACUGAGGUCAAGUACGGCCAGUGCUGGGUGUUCGCGGGCGUCGUUGCCACCGUGUGUCGUGCUUUGGGCAUCCCUUGCCGAGUGGUGUCCAACCUUGUAUCUGCCCACGACGCCAACGCGUCCCUUACCAUAGACCGGUACUACACGGCCGACAUGGAGAUGCUGGACUAUGACCCUACAAACCCCGAGGGCGACGACUCAAUUUGGAACUAUCACGUGUGGAACGAUGUGUGGAUGGCGCGCCCCGACCUCCCCAAGGGCUACGGGGGUUGGCAGGCGAUCGACGCCACCCCACAAGAAACAAGCGACGGGGUGUACCAGUGCGGCCCGGCUUCUGUGGAGGCCGUCAAAUGCGGCGCAGUUGGUUUCAAUUACGACGUGUCUUUCCUUCUGUCAACCGUAAACGCGGAUCUGGUGCGCUGGAAGGAAGACGAUUCCAGCGAAUACAAUUACUCCAAGAUUGACUCCAACAAAUACCACAUUGGGCGGAUGAUCCUGACCAAGAAACCUUGGAUAUACGACCCCAAUGGAGACAGAGACAGGGAUGACGUCACAGAGCAGUACAAAAACAAAGAAGGUACAAAAGCCGAGCGCCUGACCCUAAGAGCCUCUGAGAGGGCGAAGAGGUUCUACAUGCUGCCCGCAAAAUCGAGAGAAGACAUCGAUUUCGAACUCGUAAACUUGGACGAAGUGAAGCUUGGUGAUGGCUUCAGUAUCACCGUUAAUAUUCACAACAGAUCCGACAACGAAAGGUCGGUCCAGGCCGUUCUGUCUGCUGCUAGCAUCUACUACACAGGAAUAAAGGCGCACGUGAUCAAGAAAGCGACAGGGGACUUCAAAGUCGGCCCCAAGGCCAAGGAAAUGCUCCGUCUCACUGUCAAACCGGAGGAGUACCUUGAGAAGCUGGUGGAGUACUGCAACAUGAAGAUCUACGCUAUAGCAACUGUUGUGGAAACAAAUGAGACUUGGGGAGAGGAGGAUGACUUCCAGGUGAUGAAACCCAACCUCCAAAUAAAGAUAAAUGGAAUCCCCGUUGCGCAGAAGCCAUGCGCAGUGAGCUUCAGUUUCCAGAAUCCGCUGAAGAAGGCCCUAACCGGCUGCAUAUUCCAGUACGCGGGUCCAGGCCUCGUGAAAAAUACGCCGAUACCUUACAGAGAUAUCCAGCCAGAGGAGGAGGUCAAAGUUGAACACAGCUUCAUACCCCAGAGAGCCGGCAGACAGAAACUUGUGGGUACAUUUUCAUCUAAGGAGCUACUGGACAUCACUGGAUCUGUCGAGAUUGAGGUGGCUGAAGACGAGGAAUAGUCGAAACCACGACAGAGCCGAAAACAAAAUCCUUAGUUUGAACUUACCACGAUUAAUUUGAUACAAAUCAAUGUUUGUCCAAAUUUAAUUCACACCUAAAUAUUUAAAAGUAAAACUGAACAAAAACAUUCAUUUUCCCCAUUCAUUGUAUAAAAUUAAAUUGCCUAAAGUAUUUAUCUCUACAUUUUUUAUGAACAACAAAACAUAACUUACGACGUCACCUGAUCUAUUCAACUCUGCACCCCCCAAAUAUAUUUUAACGUCGCACGUAAACGUCACUUCAGAACUGUGGAUAAUUUAAAUGUCAAGUACUCUAUUACAGGGUGUUCAAAAACAAUUAAGAUACACUUUUUCGGUCUUUAUUAUUACGUACAUUCUAAUUAAUUAGGAUUAUUAUCAUGUCUAGAGUACCCACAGUCUAAACCAGAGACGUGUCUACUCAACCGCGUUUAAUAUUAUAUUAUGGAGUUUAUAUUCUAAAUAAUUAUGUAAUGGAGUUAAUGUUGAUGUUAUUAGUAUGUAACUUAUUUCAAGUUUUUUUUUUAAAUAAGUUCAUAUACCUCUUCACGUUAUCAGAAUAUUCAAAAUAUUACGCACAAACCAAGACCAUAAAUAUUUCUGUACUUCGGUGGGGCUAAAUUCCUGAUAGGGACAGAAAUUUCUCAUAUGUCGUCACCGUGUUUAGGGCUCGUCCUGGUACCAAGGAUAAGGACCUGUGGAGCUUUGUCUCUACAUCUUGUCUUAAAGGCGCCAUAUUUACGUACUACAACAAAUUCACUUUUAACAUUUCAGUUGCAGGUAGACCAACAUCAAAACAAUAAAUAUCCACAGUUACAUACUUUUUUCCCCCUUUAAGUAUAUAGUUACGUAGUUUUAAUUUUUUUUAUUUUAAAAGUCUUCGACGUAAUUUAAGAAGUUUAAUAUCCAACCCAUUUUGUUAUUGACAUGGCUCCAGUACGUACUAAGAGAUUAUAUAAUAUAACAUUUAAUUAAAUGAAUUCUUUGAACAAAUUAAGUAACUUUUUGAAGUACAAAUACACUUGUAACGUACGGACUACA